GCGUUUGGUAUAUAAAGCGUGCUGCUUGGCUUGGUAAGUCAGUCUAUUGGGAUUGCAAUGAAUUUAAAAGUACUGUUUCUUCUCCACGCAAUCUUCGGUUGGUUUCAACUGCCAGGAUCCAACGCACAAUGCAACACAAUUCAACGCAUACUGGAUGGUUAUUCUACUUCUAUAUAUAGUCCUGGAUAUCCGAACUUCUACCAUAACCCAAGUGGAAAAAAAUGCAGGGUGACACUGAUCUCACAAAGUGUUGAGAUUGAUCUGAUUUGUUCAAUAAAUAUUCCAAAUGGGGGUCCCCAAUGCAGCAAUAACAAUCUUACGAUAUGGGAUAAUGGACACCCACAUGUUUACUGCGGAACGGGUACUAAUGUCGAAUAUACUUCUUCAAAUACUUUGACCUUGGAGUUGGCAUCAUCGGGACGAUUCUUUUGUUCUGUACAAGGGUCUAGUAUUGCAAGUGAUCACAAAAGACAAAAAAACAAUAAUCAGGACCCAAAAAACAUGGAUAUUACAAAUUUGAAAAUUAUCGGAGGUCGCGUCUUUUUAGAAGCUUAUUCAGUAAACAAAUCACAAAGUCCAACUGCACCAGAAAAUUAAGGUUUGAUAUGUGGAGGAUUUUGUCGAUUUAAAUUUGCAAGCCACGUUUAUUACAUAUGUAUGUAUGUAUACAUAUACAACUUUAGUAGAGUAUAAAUAAAGAAAACAA